AUGAGAACUUACUCGAAGACGGAGCUUUUUUGUUUACUUGAUAUGGUUAUUGAACUAUUUAAAAAAGAGAAAACACUCGCAGAAAUUUCUCCGCCUGUGACAAUUGUUGGAGAUAUUCACGGACAAUUCGAAGAUCUCGUGAGAUUGUUGAAUACUCGAAAUUCUUCAGAAAAUGCCAAGAGUAAGCCGAUCUAUGGAUUUUCCACGAAAAAAUGGGUUUUCCUUGGAGAUUAUGUGGAUCGAGGCUAUAAAUCGUUAGACUGUAUAUGUCUAGUUUUCUCGCUAAAGAUAUGCUUUCCCAAACAAUACAUUCUUUUGCGAGGAAAUCACGAAACACGGGCAAUCAAUUUCAGAUAUGGAUUUAGAGUUUGUUCAGUUGUUGUUUUGAAAAUUCCAGCAAAGCCAAGCUUCAUUCGUAACAAUAAGCGUGGACUUUCAGUAUGUUUCAAUGAAGCCGCUGUAAACGAAACCUGCCGUCUUUUGAAUAUUUCAUUGAUAGUUAGAGGACAUCAGAUGAUGCCAGCUGGGUUCAAGUUUUUCGCGGAUCGAAAGCUUUGUACAAUCUUCUCAGCUCCUAGAUACAUGAAUGAAAUCGAUAACAGCGGUGCCGUCAUGAAAGUGGCGUCAAACGGGAAAAUAAGCAUUUCAAUCAUGAAAAAUCCAAACUUUGCAAUGAAAAUGUUCCUCCUCCAGAUGAAGUCACACAAUUCCCUGGAUCAUCGGAAUAUGCGUCUCUCCAAGAACUCGAACAACUUGCCCAGCUAGCUCCU